GUUUGUUCUGAGCUGAUCGGCUUCUCCUCCUCGGGGACUAUCUCGUCUUCCCUCGCAGCAGAACUUUGUCCGAAACCCUCUUUGGAGGCAGACCCGCAGCUCACUUCCGGCGACGACGCGAGGAAGGCGUGCGCCACACUGUGUUUGUAUGAGACGGUUUUCCGCAGCGACAUCAGUCCGUGUUGCAUCUUCUCUUGUGACGGUCAGAUGACUGUAAGAUAACGACCUGCGUGGGCGGAAAUGGACGGAACAAUUGAUUGAAAGACGAAGUCGUGCGCUGGUUUGUUUGACACUGAAGAUAAAGCAGUGCCUCGUGUUUUCCUGCAGACACUGGUGACUGAGGUCCUGAAUGCAGCUGUGAAGCAGGUGGCGAGGAAGAUCUGCUGCGUCUUCCAUGAGCUCACUGCUAACGUGUUUGAGGAGAGUGAGCUCUUCAAGAAGAGCCUGGGCCCAGCACCAAGGUCGCAGGUGGAAAAACAGCCAAGCGUGAGAAAGAUGCCCCAGAAGUCCUCGGGUGCCGUCGCACGCUGUCGCUACUGGUGAAGCGAAUGUUGCUGUGUCCAGCCAGAAGCCCUCCACAGACCGGCACGACCACUUCAGGCACGGGCUCUCUGGGCGUGGCAGUCGGAGGAGGACGUUGCUCAUCCCGAGCACGACCCCAUGGCUCACCUUUCCUGAAGCUCUUCACCUGCCGUCCCUCCAGACCCGUCGGCCCCUCCCAAGCUGGCGGCCGCCUGCUCUCCGCCGCCCGGCAACUGCACGUGGAGUCUCUCGCCGUCAAUGGAGCAGCCUCCACUUCACGUUGCAGUCACUUGCAGCCAGGUGCUGCUAGAAGCUGCGACCUCACUUGCUGAGGUGGAGGCCCCGCCCGCUCCGGUCCCAAAGCUGCCGAGUGACGAGUCCAGAGAGGCUUCCCAGGCUGAGUCAGGCGAACUGCUGAAGGAGCAAGAGCGGCAGCGGCGGCGAGAACUCUACAAAGAGAAGCGCUUCUUCUGCGAGCUGUGCAGCAAAGGUUUCCACCAGCAGCACCAGCUGAAGAAGCACGCGGCGCGGCACGUCAAGCCUUUCCCCUGCAGCAGCUGCGACAAGGGCUUCUACAAAGCUCGCACGCUGCAGAAGCACAUGCUGGUCCACCAGCUGAGGGCGGCGCAGAGCCAGGAUCCCGAUCAGCUGUUGUCCUGCGACCAGUGCCACAAGAAGUUCCGGCAGCUGCGGCAGCUGCGGGUUCACCAGGCCAGCCACCGGCUGGAGAAGAGCCCGCUUCAGUGCGGGCAGUGCGAGCGCACCUUCACCUCGGCUGCAGCCCUGCGCUACCACCAGGUGUCUCACACUGAAGUCAAAGCCUUCAUGUGCGACGUGUGUGGGAAAGAAUUCCGGCGGAAGAAGGGACUGCGAGAACACCAGAGCGUCCACACCGGCGCCCGGCCGCACGGCUGCCAGACCUGCGGGAAGAGGUUCAGCACCGCCAGCAACCUGCGGGUCCACAAGAGGUCGCACUCCGAGGAGCGGCCCUUCAAGUGCUCGCAGUGCGACAAGGCCUUCAAGUCCAAGAUGAGCCUGCUGCACCACGGCGUGGUCCACAGUGGCGAGAAGCCCUUCACCUGCCCCACGUGUGGUCUGAGCUUUGGCCUCAAGUACAACCUGCAGAGACACCUGAGGCUCCACAGCGGAGAGAAGCCCUUCAGGUGCGACCAGUGCGGCGAGGGCUUCUCUGGAACCUGGGCUUUGAAGACUCACAUGCUGGUUCACGGCGUGGAGAAGCCCUUCAUGUGCGACGUGUGCGGGAAGACCUUCUUCUACAACUGUCAGCUUCAGAAGCACCAGCAGCUGGUGCACCGCGAGGGAGGCGGGGCCAACGCCGCCGUGGCCAGGCGCCGACGAAACCCCGGCGUCAAAGCCUUCAGCUGCAAGAUCUGCAGCAAGAGCUUCAGCAGCAGCGUGAGCUUGCGCACGCACGAGAAGAUGCACAGCAGCAGCAAGGAGUUUGUGUGCGAGACGUGCGGCCGCUCCUUCCACCAGCGCCACCUGUACCUGUACCACAGGCGGCAGCACAGCGGCGAGCGGCCCCACGUCUGCCACGCCUGCGACAAGAGCUUCCUGCUGCAGUCGCAGCUCAGGCAGCACCAGCUGCUGCACAGUGGCGUCAAGCCACACAAGUGCCAGCACUGCGGCCGGGAGUUCCGCACGCCGCAAAACUUCCAUCGCCACCUGCUGGUGCACACGGGGGAGAAGCCUUACGAGUGUGUGGUGUGCAGCAGGAAGUUCCGGCAGUCCAACCAGCUCAAGUCGCACAUGCAGAUCCACACGGGGGUCAAGCUGUACACGUGCGCCCGCUGCAGCCAGGGAUUCUCGGACCCUCGGCAGCUGAAGAAGCACAGCUGCGCCGACGAUCCGCCGUCGGUGCCGGAGCCCGUGGCGAAGCCUGCCAAGCAGAAGAGUGUCUUCCUGUGGGCGGACGGCUUCGCCAACCAGUGACGUGUCC